AUGCUCCGCCAGGCGAUUCGAGGGGCUCGGUGGCACUAUGCGGCGGGCACAUCGAGUUCCCCGCGUGCCUUUAGCGCUGUAGCGGCACGGCGCCUCGACUACGGCGGGCCAAACGACAAAGUCACCUUUUACGAACAAGACGCCCCAGGUAAAAAGCGACGGAGGAUCGAUCCAGAGGCCGAAGAGAUACAGGAACGAGAAGAAGUUCAGAAUGAGCUUUCGAGGAUACACGAGGAGCUCAAGGAACUUGAAAAGGGCCCUUUUCAUCCAGACAGUCCGUUCAUCCAAAGUUUACCUGAAAAGGAUCGCCAAAUUGCCUUAGAGGCGCUUCGCAAAUAUGACGAAGAGCAUGGAGAUUCAGAAAAUGGUCCAACUCUUGACGAUGUGUUUGACGAAGAACUUGACGACAUGUUGAAGAAGGAGUUUGAGGGAAUGGCCUUGGAGGAAGAAGAGAAUUGGCAGGGUCGACAGAAACUGGACACACGACAACAGGUGAAGGCAAGGGAUCUCGAUACUAUUGCAAACCAUCCUUUUGUUGCCAAGUUCAAAAAGAUGCUUCGCCGGUUCAAAGACGAGGAAGCGGACGAACGUACCCGACAGGAGUUAUGGAAAUCCUAUCGUCGGUGCAAGCAGGCUGUUCCAGGAUUUCUUGAAUCGAUCACUCCCGAUGAGGCUCAGGCUGUUUGGAAUUCGCAAGCCUCAUCCCAGUCCUCCAAUACUACCCGAUCGACCCAUUUACAAACCCUCGUUCAAGACACGACGUCCGUCGGCCGAACGCUUGCAACGCUCCAAAUUCUCACCUUCAUUGAAGCUUUACAUGACGGAGGCUCUACCACCGAAGCCCUGGUCACUUGGGAGGCUUAUCAAUCGGAGCUUUCUCAGAAAAAGGAGGACCUUGAAGAGUAUUGGAUGCAGGGUGUACGACUCUUCGCGGCUGAGAGCAAUCCUCAGCGGGCCCAGGAUAUUGCGUUAGCCUUCCUCGCCAAUGAUCAGUCACGCCAGCCUCGUAUUCUUAUCCCAGUUAUCAUAGCAUGGGCGAAAAUCCCCGGCGAGGAAGCCGAAGUGAAAGCGUGGACCCUAUAUCUCCAAUUGAAGACCUUCUUGGGCCCAGACAUGACAAUGGAAGAUUACGACCAAAUUAGUAUCAGCCUUCUUUCUGCAGGAAGGCUCGAUACUGCGAUAGCCAUCUUCAAAGACAUGAUGGUGACCAGGCAGGACCCUUCCAAGGACUCGACGGCUGUCUAUAGAGAAGUUCUGGGCUUGGCUGGUAAUCUCCAAGCAUCGAGCAUCAAUGAACAAGCCGUGAAUAAGGUAUCACUCUCGGUGCUGACGAUGCUACCCCGUCAAUUCCAGAAUCGCUUCUUCUUUGCCAGUUGGAUGAAGAAACUCAUUGGCAUGGGCCAUGUGGAUUCCGCAGCUUUGGUAAUUGAAUUAAUGUAUGAGCGCGGGGUGCGACCGGAUGCCAAGCAUCUUAAUGGCCUGAUCGCAGGCUGGCUUCGAGAAGGAAAUGCAGAGUCUCGAGACAAAGCUGAGGCACUGGCAUGGUCUAUGAUCCAGCACCGAAUCAAAACUGUUUGGCAGCGCUAUGAACUGACCAAGCCGGCUCCCGAAGUUCAAGUUCAAUCCCAGAAAACUGGCUCGCGUCGACUGCCUCCGUUUAUGCAGCGUGAGAUUCCGCCCGCAGGGAUCGAGACAUUCUCCAUUCUCCUUUUACAUUACACCCGCAGAGGCGAGGAUGACAUGAUCAAGUACCUUGUAAAAUGCCUCGGUGAUGCACAAAUCCAACCCAACUCAUACUUUAUGAACCAUCUCCUCUACGCCGAAUUGCGCAAGCAAGACAUUAAAGCUCUCUGGACCAAGUUUCAAAAGAUGUCUGUCUCUGUUCGCCCCGACCUGGAAACCUAUGCAUGCCUGUGGGAUUGCGCGAAGCUUCAAUACGACCGUGGCCGACCUGCCUUUGACUCAGGGUUUCCAUCCGCCCGGCAGCUCUUCGCGAACAUGGUGCAAUGGUACUCUCAGCUCCCUCCCCACGCACAGAGGAUCACGAGAGCCGAGUUCUCCAAAGAACUGUUUGACCAAAUCGUCCGCUGUUUCUGCCUCUCAAAAGACGUACCAGGCACCCUCGUUGCGCUCUACUCCAUGCGAGCAGCCUUCGGCUUUGCCCCGGAUGAUGUGACAGCUCGCUUAAUUAUUCUUCAAGUCGCACGCCUGGCAGGUGUGCCCGCCGGCACUCCUAAACAUCGCCUUCGUCGACUAUCCUCCACUCCUCGGAGUAAAGAAAAUAUUGCACAAGUCAGUCGCCUGCUCGAGAUCCUGGGGGAGCGCAAAUCCAUGGGUCUCCGGGCACAGGGACUCGGCAUUGAGCAGUUAGACCCUCAUGAGAGAGAGCAAUAUCAGCUCGAGAUCAUAGCGGAUUUGCUUCGUAUCGUCCUGAGCCGGACAGAAAACCUGGACCCGGUGCAAGUUGAGCGCAAAAUCACACUCGCUGCAACUGAAAUGGGCGUAGAUGGUAUUGAUCUGGGUCAACCUAUCGGGGUCGAUGACAGCCAACUUUUGUAA